GGCAUUGGAAAAACAGUAUCUGUGCAGAAGUUCAUUCUGGACUGGGCUGAAGGAAAAGCAAAUCAGGAUGUCCAAUUUGUAUUUUCAUUCCCUUUUCGGGAGCUGAAUUUGAUGAAAGAGGACAAACACACUUUCAUUGAACUUCUCAAUCACUUCUCAAUGGAAACCAAACAAUCAGGAAUCUCCAACUACAACAAGUACAAAGUUCUGUUCAUCUUUGAUGGUCUGGAUGAGUGCCGACUGCCCCUAGACUUCCAGAAGAACAAGAUCUGUUGGGACGUCACAGAGUCAACCUCAGUGGACGUUCUGCUGACAAAUCUCAUCAAGGGAAAUCUGCUUCCCUCUGCUCUCCUCUGGAUAACUACCCGACCUGCAGCAGCCAAUAAGAUCCCUUCAGGGUGUGUUGACCAGGUGACCGAGGUACGAGGGUUCAAUGACCCACAGAAGGAGGAGUACUUCAGGAAGAGAUUCAGUGAUGAGGACCUGGCCAGCAGAAUCAUCUCACACAUAAAGACAUCAAGGAGCCUCCACAUCAUGUGCCACAUUCCAGUCUUCUGUUGGAUUUCUGCAAUAGUCCUUGAACACAUGUUGACACAUAAGAGAGAAGAGAUGCCCAAGACUCUGACUGAGAUGUACACACACCUUGUGGUGUUUCAUACCACACAGAAGAAUGAAAAGUAUCUUGGGAAAGAAGAGACAGGUCCACACUGGAAUAAAGAGAGCAUUCUGUCACUGGGAAAACUGGCUUUUCAACAGCUUGUGAAGGGCAAUCUGAUUUUCUAUGAAGAAGACCUGAAAGAGGCUGGCAUUGAUGUUAAUGAAGCCUCAGUGUACUCAGGAUUGUGCACACAGCUCUUUCAAAAGGAAUGUGGGCUGUACCAGGACAAGGUGUACUGCUUUGUUCAUCUGAGCAUUCAGGAGUUUCUGGCUGCUGUAUAUGUGUUCCUCUCAUUCAUCAACAACAAUGAGAAUCUAAUGGCCAAACCUCAAUCAACGUCCAGGAACCUUUUUGCGAGGAUCAAACAAAGGCGUAAAGUUACUUUCUACAGGAGUGCUGUGGAUAAAGCCUUACAAAGUGAGACAGGAAACCUGGACCUUUUCCUCCGCUUCCUUCUGGGCCUCUCACUGGAGUCCAAUCAGAAGCACUUACGAGGUCUACUGACAAAGACAAGAAGCAGCUCAAAGACCCAUGAAAAAACAGUCAAGUUCAUCAAGGAGAAGAUCAGGGAGAAUCCCUCUCCAGAGAGGAGCAUCAAUCUGUUCCACUGUCUGAAUGAACUGAAUGACAAUUCUCUAGUGGAGGAGAUCCAAAGAUACCUGAGAACAGGAAGUCUCUUAGAACCCAAACUGUCACCUGCACAGUGGUCAGCUCUGGUCUUUGUGUUGCUGACUUCAGAAAAGGAGCUGGAUGUGUUUGACCUGAAGAAAUACUCCAGAUCAGAGGAAGGUCUUCUGAGGCUGCUGCCAGUGGUCAAAGCCUCCAGAGCUGUUCUCUCUGGAGUCAAACCCCUCACACCUGAGAGAGCUGGACCUGAGUAACAAUGAC